GUACCCCACCCCCCUUUCCAUCUCCCCCUUUAAAUCCCCCCUCUCCUCUCCUUCUUUCUUCCAUUCCACCUUUGCAAAACAAAGAAAGGAAAAUAUUAAAGUUUGGGGUUUUUCUAGGCUACUGAAUUAUUAUUAUUAUAAGCUUGCAAAAAAAAAAAUAAUAUAAUAAUGCAGGUUGUUAACGAAUCGGCGACGAGCAUCGGGGGCGGCCGGAAAGGGGCGGCGCGGCAGGGGAUGAGAUCAAUGGAGGCGACGUACGAGCGGGUCCGGCAGCUGGCGGCCGGGAACGCCGUGGUGAUCUUCACGCUGAGCGGCUGCUGCAUGUGCCACGUGGUGAAGCAGCUCCUCUUCGGCCUCGGGGUGGGCCCCACGAUUGUGGAGCUCGACAGGGACGCCGACGGCCGGGAAAUCUACUCCCUCCUCCUCCGCCUCGCCGACUCCGGCCAGCAGCAGCCCGUCCCGGCGGUCUUCGUCGGCGGGAAGUUCUUGGGCGGGAUCGAGACGGUCAUGGCCUGCCACAUCAACGGCUCCCUCGUCCCUCUCCUUAAAGACGCCGGAGCUCUCUGGCUCUGAUAGAUCAUCCCCGCCGCCGCCGGCCGGUCUUCGCAUUCAUUCUUGAAUUUCCGCCGGAUAUUUCCGUUGCUCUGAUCAGCUUUACAUAGAAUUAAUGAAUAUAAUAUUUGCAUGCAUUGCAAUGCAUGCUUCUGUUUCAAGGGGACAAGACAAACAGUCCAGACAUUUUUUUAGGUUCAGGAACUCAGAAAAUGUCUACUACGUUAAAUUAAUCCAAUUUCU